CUAUUUUCCAUCAUUCACACAUGUCCCCUAGCUUUAAGCGUUUCCAAUAUGAUCUAUCUACUCUACCCAUGAAAUUUUCCUUAAUGCUUUGUGUACGUGAUGAAGUUUUUUUUCUUAGAACAUGGCGAAAUUAUUUAGUUUUACAAGCAUGAGGGAUAGGUGGUACCGUUAUUUCUUCUCAUUCUCCGGCCUCCAAUCUGUAUCAAAGGAUCUAGGCGAUGGUACAAUCAUGCAUUGUUGGAUCCCAAGAUCAUACAAGCCAUACAAGCCUAAUCUCCUCCUCCUGCAUGGGUUUGGAGCCAAUGCAAUGUGGCAAUACGCUGAUCUCCUCUCUCACUUCACCUCUAAAUUCAACGUCUUCGUCCCCGAUUUACUCUUCUUCGGUGGCUCCUUCACUAAGCGCCCUGAGCGGUCCGAAUCAUUUCAAGCACGAUGUGUGAUGAAGAUGUUGGAACAUGGGUUCGGGGUAAGGCGGAUGAGCCUUGUGGGAAUAAGUUAUGGCGGGUUCGUUGGGUACAACAUGUGUGUGCAGUUUCCAGAGGCGGUGGAGAGGGUGGUGGUGUGUUGUGCAGGUGUGUGUUUGGAGGAGAAGGAUUUAAGGGAUGGGUUGUUUAGGGUUUCUAAUGUGGAAGAGGCUGAGAGGAUUUUGUUGGCUCAGACUCCUGAGAAGUUGAGGGAGUUGAUGAAAUUUUCAUUUGUAAAGCCUUUGAAGGGAAUCCCAGAUUACUUUCUUUCUGAUUUUGUCAAUGUGAUGUGUUCAGAAUUUGUAAUAGAAAAGAGGGAACUUAUUCGAUCAAUACUCAAGGACAGAUCACAAUCAAGAUUCCCCAAGAUUGACCAGCCCACAUUGAUACUAUGGGGAGAUAAAGAUCAAAUUUUUCCCUUGAUCCUUGGUGAAAGAUUAGAGAGACAUUUAGGGGAGAAUGCUAGAUUGGUAGUCAUUGCAAAUGCUGGCCAUGCAGUUAACUUUGAGAAACCCAAAGAGUUUGCCAAACACCUAAAAGACUUCCUAUGUAACGAUUCUUUUUCUUCAUUAUCUUAUUCUUCUUCCUUUAGUAUCUAGAGAUCUUGUUGUUGUAAAGUGCACGUUUUCUUUUACUUAUUUAGUUACCUAAGAAUAUAUAAUAUAAGUGUGCAGCAAUCUUGCAUGUACAUUAUUCAUUAAUCUGAA